UUCAAUUGUUGGUCGAGCGCGUCGUGUACCCGCCGCCGCCACUGCCGCUCGCUUGCCGCCGCUUGACCGCUGUCGCUGCUUGCUGCUGCUCCCGUGCCUCUUUGCGCCGCUGAUCUUGUAUGCCCGGUUUCCGCAGCGGAGGGAACUCGGACGGGGACUGCUAUUGUGUCUACGACUACGGAUAGACGCGCGCUUUCGUUGAAUCAACGCAACACGAACAACAACACGAUGGAAUGGAUUGAAGUGGUGAAGGACUUGAAUGCCGGUACGAUUGGCGGCGUGGCCGGCAUCGUGGCGGGCCACCCCCUCGACACGGUCAAGGUCAUGCUGCAGACGGAAGCGGCGACGAGUCAUCUUGGGAUCAUCGGCACGUGCCGCCACCUCGCCGCGUCAGAAGGUUUCCGCGGGUUUUACAAAGGAAUGCUCAGUCCGAUUCUGAGCAACGCACCGAUCAACGCUGUUGUGUUUGCCGUGUACGGCCAAAUGUCGCGAUUGUGGCAAGAUGGCAACUCGGACACUCCAUUGACGCCAGGCCAGCAAUUCCUUGCCGGAGCUGCGGCUGGCUUGUGCCAAGUCACGUUUGCAGCGCCGGCCGAGCUGGUCAAGAUCACGAUGCAAGUGCACAAUUACCCGUCGUCGUACUCGUCGUUGAGUUGUCUCAAGGACAUUUGGAAGGCGGACGGGAUGCGCGGCAUGUACCGCGGCACGGCGCUUCAAAUCAUGCGGGACGUGCCGGCAUUUGGGUCGUACUUUUACAGCUACGAAGUCCUCAAGCAAGCGCUAACGGGCGGACAGCCCGACAAUGAAACGACGAUGAAUUUGCUCGUUGCCGGGGGCUGUGCCGGCUCGAUCUCGUGGAUGCUGACGCAGCCCAUCGACGUGAUCAAGACGUUGGUCCAAAGCCAGUCGAGCGAGACCAAGCGGUUGUCGACCAUGGACGUCAUCCGCCGUCAGCAUGCGUUGGAAGGGCCCAAGUUCCUCCUCAAGGGCUUUGGCGCGACCAUCCUGCGCGCGUUUCCCGUCAGCGCCGUCACGUUUUUAGUGUACGAGCGAUCGAUGCAACUGAUGAAUUCGGCCGAGUUGGACCUGUUGAUGCAAUAACGUGUCCAUUCAAUCGUGGGUCGAAAUCACCCGUCCGUGCUGCA